CUGUGCGAAUAUUCAAAAGCUGUGCCUUGACGAACUAAGUGAUAAAAGUCCGAGCGUAUAUGGCUUGGCUUACAACAAUGAAGAUAGACUCGCAAGGGAUAUAUACAUUCAAGAGAAAGACACUCUCUUCAUCAUUUGAUGUGUACAAAGGAAGUACACUCAGUGGCGCACGCGAGCAAGGAAAUAGACCUGUGAUGAACGUAGAUAUCAGCUCAAUAUCGAGUGAAAUGCUCGUACGUGAGCUGCCCAGUAUGAAAUCGAUAGUGACAGCACGUCGUCGUCGCUGGACGGGCAAAGGUUAUUACGACGUCACAGUAGGUGGGAGAACCACAAGCCUUGAGCGUUCGAGUGUAUGGAGCCAAAAGCGAUCAUUUAAGUUGCUGAAUGGUACAUCAUGUCUAGCAAACCGCAAAAGUUUUGCUCAUUCAGCGAGCUUUGUCAUCACAAACCAGAGAACGGGGAAUACACUCGCCACUUUCGAGAACUGUAGUUGGGCGAUGAGUAAACAUGGUGUUUUACGUCUGCAUGCACCUGAACUAGACGACGAUAAUAUCGCUGUACUUUUCAUGGCAAUCAUUAUUAUGGUACGUCUUGAGAGAGAUAGGAGACAAGCAGCAGCCAGCGGAGGCGGAGGCGGCGGCGGUGGUGGCGGUGGAUGCUAGUAUGCACUGACGCAGAUACCACUCUUUUUAAUUAUUUUGUAAUGUUUUGAUAUCCUGCGAUGACGACAUAGCUGUUGCUCUAUCGAAGCAAGAUUUACACUGACGUACAUGUGUAUACAUAUAUCUUUA